AUGCUGCUGAUGAUCGAACCAAGGGAGGAGUUGGCCAAGGACGUGUUGAUGUGCGCUUAUGUGGUCAGUACCAUCAUGCCCCUCCUCACCGACUUCUUCUUGCGCUACUCUUCCGAGCGAAAUGAGCUCCAAUGGAAGCCUGGUUGCCAAAUAUCGGUGUCAAGUUCUAAUACUCCGCCACCUCAUUCACCUUCUACCACUAUUCAUCCUCCUCGUUCUCCACUACCUCGUCCGCAUCCUCCUCCUCUCAAAUGCCAACAAACUCUGCAAGGGGCUCUAAUUAUGCGCCUCCAAUGGCAACCCAAAGAGACUUCGCCUUGGAGAGCACAACAAAAGGGUCGUAUGGAAAUGUUUAACUACUUCGAACUCGUUGACAUCCAUCAAAUGCCUACACAAAAUAAAACGUGCGCUUAUGUUCCUUUGUACAUUCUUUAUUUGUGUGUGAUUGUGGUGAUUAGUUCCAGUGACAUUUGA